AUGACAGGGCUCGGCGAGAGAUUCUUACACCUGGUCGCAAAGGCGCUCUCGCUGCCACCAGAUACCUUUCUGCCGUUCCUAUCGGACCAGCAUCGGCUGAAGCUGGUUCGCUACCCAGGACUUCCCGAGAGCCAGGCUGGAGGCCAGGGUGUUGGACCUCACAAAGACUCUUCAGGAUGGUGGACAUUCUUACUGCAGGCCUCACCGCCACACAUUAAGGGUCUACAAGCCCUCAACAAGAACGGCGACUGGAUCGACGUGUCUGUCGUACCAGGGUCCUUCGUGGUGAAUAUCGGCCAGGCCUUUGAGGUUGUUACGAACGGGGUUUGCAAAGCAACGACGCACCGCGUGCUCUCUGGCUCUCUGGAAAGGUACAGCGUGCCCUUCUUCCAAGGUGUCAGGCGAGGCUUGACCAAAGAGGAGGCUGUCGGGACGUUGAGAGCACAUUUCGAGAAGCCCGAGAUCAGAGGUUUAUCGCUAGAGUCCGAGGAAGGGAGGGAGAUCGACUCGGCCUUCCUGAAAGGCAAGUAUGACACGUGGGGUGAGAAUCAAUUGCGGACGAAGAUUCGGAGUCAUCGGGAUGUUGGACAAAAGUUUUACGCAGAUGUGUUUGAUAAGUACGUCAACGAUGACCAAUAA